CUUACAAAAUAGGUAAUAGUAAUAAUAAUCACUUAUUAUUAUUACAUGAAGCUACAUGAAUGCGUAAGAUCUUAGAGGAAGACAGCAGAGAGAAAUUAAAGAUCCCAGGGUUAAAAGCUGGAGAAAUUUCACUGUACAUCAUCCAAAAAAGGAGUCCAUGAUGGAGGCCGAGACACACUUGGAGAGGACAGGAAGAUGCCACCCAAGCGCAUAGCUAAAAGAAGGUCACCCCCAGAAGAUGCCAUCCCCAAAAACAAGAAGGUGAAGGGCGCGAAAGCCGCGGCAUCUUUUGCAGCCUCCCACUGCGUUCCCGGCGCCCACUCCAGCCAAGUCUCACACAGGUCCCACAGCACAGAACCCGGCUUGGUGCUGACACUGGGCCAGGGCGAUGUAGGCCAGCUGGGGCUGGGUGAGAAUGUGAUGGAGAGGAAGAAACCGGCCCUGGUAUCCAUUCCAGAGGAUGUUGUGCAGGCUGAGGCUGGUGGCAUGCAUACCGUGUGUCUAAGCAAAAGUGGCCAGGUCUACUCCUUCGGCUGCAAUGAUGAGGGUGCCCUAGGAAGGGACACAUCAGUGGAGGGCUCAGAGACGGUCCCUGGGAAAGUGGAGCUGCAAGAGAAGGUGGUACAGGUGUCAGCAGGAGACAGCCACACAGCAGCCCUCACCGAUGAUGGCCGUGUCUUCCUCUGGGGCUCCUUCCGGGACAAUAAUGGUGUGAUCGGACUGUUGGAGCCCAUGAAGAAGAGCAUGGUGCCCGUACAGGUCCAGCUGGAUGUGCCUGUGGUGAAGGUAGCCUCAGGAAACGACCACUUGGUGAUGCUGACAGCUGAUGGUGACCUCUACACCUUGGGCUGCGGGGAACAGGGCCAACUAGGCCGUGUGCCUGAGUUAUUUGCCAACCGUGGUGGCCGGCAAGGCCUUGAACGACUCCUCGUCCCAAAGUGUGUAUUGCUGAAAUCCAGGGGAAGCCGGGGCCACGUGAGAUUCCAGGAUGCCUUCUGUGGCGCCUAUUUCACCUUUGCCAUCUCUCGCGAGGGCCACGUGUACGGCUUUGGCCUCUCCAACUACCAUCAGCUUGGAACUCCGGGCACAGAAUCUUGCUUCAUACCCCAGAACCUAACAUCCUUCAAGAAUUCCACCAAGUCCUGGGUGGGUUUCUCUGGUGGCCAGCAUCAUACAGUCUGCAUGGAUUCAGAAGGAAAAGCAUACAGCCUGGGUCGGGCUGAAUAUGGGCGGCUGGGCCUCGGGGAGGGUGCUGAGGAGAAGAGCAUACCCACCCUCAUCUCCAGGCUACCUGCUGUCUCCUCAGUGGCUUGUGGGGCCUCUGUGGGGUAUGCUGUGACCAAGGAUGGUCGUGUUUUCGCCUGGGGCAUGGGCACCAACUACCAGCUGGGCACAGGACAGGAUGAAGACGCCUGGAGCCCUGUGGAGAUGACAGGCAAACAGCUGGAGAACCGUGUGGUCUUAUCUGUGUCCAGCGGGGGCCAACAUACAGUCUUAUUAGUCAAGGACAAGGAACAGAGCUGAUGAAGCCUCUGAGGGCCUGGCUUCUGGCCCACACGAACUCCCUCACAGAACAGGGAAGCAGUGACAGCUGCAGAUCACAGCAGGCCUCUCCCCAGCCCUGAGCACUGUGUCAGCUCCUGCCUUUUCCCAUCAGCAGAACAGGAUCAUUUUCCUCUUUUUCUUCCUCCUCUGGAAUUCUCCUGGGACCUACAGAAUGAAGUGGGGGGGAUGAACAGGGGGUUUUUCAGAAGAAACAUGGCUCACUCCAGAGCUAUAUGGUUGGAUGUUUCUCCCCUCUUCCCCACCUUCCAUAGUCCUGGCUGGCCCUGCUUUGCCUACUAGAAAACCAAAACUUCCUCCCGUGGGGUUUGGUGCCUGCCCUCUGAGCAGUUGGGACUCCAUCAAGCCCCAUUCUAGUCAUGUGCCCCUUUCCUGUCCCUCACAAUCCACAAGCAAACAAAUGGUACAGUCAUAAGACCCAUCUGUCAUGGACUUACGCCCAGAGAACGUGCAGAAAAAGCAGAGCUGCAUGGCUGUGGGCAACUCUAAGCCAAAUAUUUGGCUCAGAACAGGUGUUCAUAGGACAAGAAAAAAGUGGUUCUCCCAGAAGCACAAAGCAUGCUCUUGCUUCUUGGGCACUGCCUGUGUACAUCCCACCCAUCCAUUUGGCUUCACCUGCAGCCAAGGGCCUGGAAUUGCAAAGAGUAGCCACGCUGGGCAGAGCAGGGCAUGGGGUGGGGAGAGAGGGUAGAGGGUUUUAUAAACAAACUUAUAGUAAUAUUGAAAGAGAAGGGAUUGAGGGAAGGACAGAGUGUUCAAGGGGCAGAGACUAGCCCUGAGAUGGAAACAGUAACUUGUACAGUGGCUGAGAAAAUAGAACAUAGUUUUUGAUUUUUUUAAAUUGUAAAAUAUUUUGGAGGGGAGAACGAAAUCUUUUAACACUUUUAAUAAAUUUAGAGUUUUGUAAAAUAGG